AUGCUUAAUCAACUAAGAAGAUUCGAAUUGGUACUUGUUUUUGUGCUUGUUUGGUGCUUAUUGGCAUUAAACAGUCAAGUUGUGGCCACCAUAGGUGUGUCUUCAAAUAUAAUGAAUUCAGUUCUAUCGCUAGAAGAAUUGGCGGCCCUCGACUUCCCGUGGGCCAAAAAGACCUUGGAGGACUAUAAGAAUGGGCGGAUAAAGCACAAUGGCUUGCCGCUAGUUUCCUCUACGGAUGAGAAUGCGAAGCGCUUGUUUCUAAGCGGUGACUUUUAUCUGCGCCUAGGAAUUGUGCGCAAUGGCAUACCGCCAGAUGAAUAUGUAGGCGCCGAUGUGUGCUUGAAAUGGCUAACACUGCCCCGACGUCGUCCUGGCAUCCAUUUCCCACGAAUACCAAAGAACCAGGGACCAAACAUUCUUAUGCUGUACGCUGCGCUAAAUCAAGAUCCAGCCCAUCCAAACCAAAUCCAAACGACUAUCAAUCCUAAGCAUGAGAAUUUCAUUGAGGGCCUUGCCGAUCAUGCCUAUUGGAUAGAAAAUCUAGAAACCACAAAUGGACUUGAGAUACUAUGUCUUGACGAAACAAAGUACGCCGAGCUCACUGGACAAAAAGAGGACAAAUCUACAGAGACUAUGAAGCUAUACUCCCUUAUUCAAACCAAGGCAAAACUCCAAACUCUGCGCCGCAGUUUUAUAUUCAACUACAUCCAUCCACUCAACACACAGCUCUACUGCACCGGUCUCAACUAUCUAUAUGAUGCCGAUAAUAAGACAUUCGUGAUAAUAAACCACACUGCUGUUAAUUAUCUGGGCUCCCACCCUCUUAAGAUCUGCCAGGUUGCGCGAUUUACCUUUGAGGACGCAGUGCGCCUGCGGUAUGCUCCCGACGAUACAUACACCAUAGUAGCCAAGGAUGUGCAUUUAGAACCCUUCAGAAAGGCAAUCCAGCGGUAUUUGGACGUUGGCGAGCACCGGAGGUUCUACCGGGAUAGCAACAAGAACAUAAGCACCUUUGCUGAGUAUGCACAGUAUAAAGAGCUGAAGAAACAAAACCCUGAGUCGGCUAAGCCCAAUAAGGAAGUAAUCGAGAUAGUAGGCAUGAUAAAGCUACCAAAAAUUCGCUGCACGGAAGGCAUACUAGGCAUCGCCAAGACGCCCGAGCAUGUAGAUUACCUUUCUGACGGGCGGAACUGGUCUUGUACAGCACUCAUUCUAAGCGAAUAUAUACUCUAUUAUUUCCUUGCCUACAUUAUAUUGUUUAUCUUGGCAGCCUUUUGUUGCCUUUUCUUCUCGCAGGGCCUGAUCUCCAGUAUCUUCAUUAACCCGGCUCAGGGUGUGUAUGGGGGUAAUAGUCUCUGUUUCAUAUUCAUUGCAAUCGCAACGGUCGCUUUAUUGGCUAAAUUUGUAUAUCAACUAUCUACCCGUUGCAGAUGUAAAGUCUGGGCUCUCUCCAACAGCAUGCUUCUGCCACUUCUGGGAAUAGCACCAGUCUCUGUUAUUGGAUGUCUGGUUGGGUGGAUAGUGCUUUAUCGCCGCUGGCCAAGCCUAGGCAGGCAUAUUCACUGGAUACUUUAUUUCCUUUCAUUCCUACUCCUUGAUGCCUUGCUAAUUAUAGAUGACCAUAUCUUUGACGAGCACGCUUAUUGGAUUAUGAACUCGGAUCUUAUAUGUGAAUCGUUCUAUCUCUUUGGCGUGGGACUCCUUAUUGAUCUUUCUAACCUGAGGCUUGAACAAGAGCGAGAACAAGAACAAGGCGAGAACAAAAAAGAACGCCGUGUUUCGAUAAUCGCAAUCAAAACAGCCAAAAUAAUAAGUCUUUUUAUUGUGGUGUUAGGGUUAGUAGGGCUGGUGAUUUGGGGUUGUGGUCUGUGUUGUGGUGCGUCAUACUUGAAAACGCGCCAAGAUCGAAAUGUUAGAUGGUUUAAAUAA